AGCACUAUUGGAUACCACGAUUGAUACCCAGUUGGUAUACUUUUUGUUGGAUUGCUUGACAAUGGUGUUGUGUAAAAACUAUUUCAGAUUUGGAGGGGAGUACUAUUGGCAGAGACAGGGGACCUCGAUGGGUGCCCCGGUCGCCCCCUCUUUUGCCAAUUUGUUUGUUCGCAGAUUAGAGGAGAAAUUCUUCCUGAGACACAGGUUAAGUGAACAUAUCAUAUUAUAUCUUAGAUAUGUGGAUGAUAUCCUGAUAUUAUGGAAUGGGACCAUGGAUGCAUUAAAUGAGAUGGUUAAUGAAGCAAAUGGGUCACACGAGACUAUACAGUUUACGGUUGAAAUGUCCGAUAAGGAGUUACACUUCCUAGAUGUUCAACUCACUAUUCGUAAUGGGGCGAUUAGCACUAACUUGUAUAGAAAAGGAACAGAUAGAAAUAACUUACUCCAUGCCCAGAGUUUUCAUAACCCAAGUACCGUUAAAGCAAUCCCUAAGGGUCAGUUUUUAAGGGCCAAAAGGAUUGCCUCUACAGAUGAUGAUUAUAGAAGGGCUGGCCAGUCCUUAAGUGAGCGGUUUGUACAAAGGGGAUAUGAGUCUAAGCAUGUCAAAAAAGUAAUGGAGGAAGUAAAGUCUAUACCAAGGAAAGAACUGUUACAAAAAAGUCGGCAGGUGAGACAGAAGGAUAACCGGAGUAUGUUUGUGUCCAAAUUCGUUAGACAUAGCAAAAAUAUAGAAAAGGUUAUAAAGAAAUAUUGGCCUGUUCUCCAACGAGAUAAGACUUUUGGGAAGUUAUUUAAGGAUCCCCCACGGUUCUGCUACAGGAAGGGCAUGAGUAUUAGGGACAUGCUAUGCCCUUCAGAGUUACCUAUAGAAAAGAAACAGAUGUUCCUGGGAAUACAGAAGAAAGGUACCUUUCCGUGCUUGAAUUGUGUCUGUUGCGCCUCGAUAAUAAAAGGGUCAAGCAUUAAUCAUCCCACUAAAGGCAAUAAACUAAAUUUGAAUGACUAUGCCACAUGUGAAUCGAAAGGGGUCAUAUACAUGUUGAAGUGCCCAUGUGGCCUAGUCUAUGUGGGGCAAACAAUUAGAAAUGUAAAAACCAGGAUUAAAGAGCAUAAAGGGGACAUAAGGAAUUAUAAACCAGGAUCUCAGACAGAUACGACUGUAGCCCGACAUUUUAAUGAGGCAAAACAUAGCCACGGGCAAUUGAAAUGGGUGGUCCUCGAAGUAGUACAACCAUUAAGUCGAGGUGGUAACUUUAAGCAAAAGAUGCUACAACGUGAAGCCAAAUGGAUUUCUAAAUUGAAUUCACUAGCCCCAGUUGGGCUUAAUGAUGCCUGGAGUUUGAAAUGCUUUUUAUAAGAAUUGUAAUAUUUACUCUUAUUUAUUUCAGAUAUUAAGUGAUGCCUAUCCUCUCAGCUGGGGGUAAGAGUGUAUCUGAAGAUAUGGAACCUUGGCACUUGGACACUACAUGUACACUGGAGAUCACUGGGACUUUUAAACGUUUUAUACGUUCUAUGUUUUCUACCUA